CGUGACUCAGCCUCACAGGCGGCUUAAAACGACGUCUUUUUCAAUUUUAAUAAAUUUUUGGUAAAAAAGCUUUUGGAUCCGCCGCUAUCUUCAGCAAUUAAAGUUGGACGCAGAAACUCAGAAGCAAAAAGACGAUAAAUAUUCAUCAUCACCUUCAUCUCUCUCUUCCUCUCAUCAGACUUCACCGUUCUUCUUUCUCUCUUCUUCAUCUUCAGACGAAACCUCCUUUACUUCCCCUUCAAGGUUUUAUAUUUCCCAAAUCCUACACCUGCUCACAUCUCAAGCUCAAGUUUUGUUUUCCCGGGAAAAGUGACACAAACAAGAACUUAACAAGGGAGAAGAAAAAGCUUAUAUUCAUAUCAACGGUUGACGUUGGAAAGCUAUUAAGAUUUGGUUUUCUACAAAUUUGUUCUUCCUGAAACGUCACGAGACAGAGCUUACAAGAAGAGAAAACAGAGGAAAUUUCGUUGCAUUUUUUUUACAUAUUGAUUCGAUUAAUGGAUUCAAAUAAUCAUCUCUACGACCCGAAUCCCACCGGGUCGGGUCUUCUUCGUUUUAGAUCAGCUCCGAGCUCUGUUCUCGCCGCUUUUGUUGACGACGACAAGAUUGGUUUCGACUCCGAUAGGUUGCUUUCAAGAUUCGUGACCUCUAAUGGCGUUAACGGAGAUCUGGGUUCACCUAAAUUCGAGGAUAAGUCUCCGGUUUCGUUAACGAACACCUCUGUUUCAUACGCCGCCACUCUGCCGCCACCGCCGCAGCUUGAGCCGUCGAGUUUUCUGGGUUUGCCGCCGCAUUACCCGAGGCAGAGUAAAGGGAUAAUGAACUCGGUUGGUUUGGAUCAGUUUCUCGGUAUCAAUAAUCAUCACACCAAACCAGUUGAAUCUAAUCUUCUCCGUCAAAGCAGCUCUCCAGCCGGAAUGUUUACUAAUCUCUCUGACCAAAACGGUUAUGGUUCAAUGAGGAAUUUGAUGAAUUACGAAGAAGAUGAAGAGAGUCCAUCUAAUUCCAAUGGAUUAAGACGCCAUUGCAGUCUCUCUUCAAGGCCACCUUCUUCACUUGGAAUGCUUUCUCAAAUACCUGAAAUCGCACCCGAAACUAAUUUUCCAUAUAGCCAUUGGAAUGAUCCAUCCAGCUUUAUUGAUAACUUAUCCUCACUUAAAAGAGAAGCCGAGGACGAUGGAAAAUUGUUUCUCGGAGCUCAGAACGGAGAGUCCGGGAAUCGUAUGCAGUUACUGUCGCAUCAUUUGAGCCUACCAAAGUCAUCAUCGACAGCCUCGGACAUGGUUUCAGUGGAUAAGUAUCUUCAGCUACAAGAUUCUGUUCCUUGUAAAAUCAGAGCCAAACGUGGUUGCGCUACACAUCCUCGAAGCAUCGCUGAACGGGUAAGAAGAACGCGGAUAAGCGAGCGAAUGAGGAAGUUACAAGAGCUUGUUCCUAACAUGGACAAGCAAACCAACACUUCGGAUAUGUUGGAUUUAGCUGUGGAUUACAUCAAAGAUUUACAAAGACAGUAUAAGAUUUUAAACGACAACAGAGCUAACUGUAAGUGUAUGAACAAGGAGAAGAAGUCAAUAUAGGGCGCAACAAAGUGUGUAGUAGAUAGGACUAAAAAGCAGGGAGAAGGACAAGAAAGAAACAAUGUCAUGUCUGAAUAUUUUUUAGCCGAAACAGACCAAAUUGUCUAUGUAAGCUCUCGAGAAAAGCAUCUGCUUCCAACAAAAUUCUAAGUAAUAAAAUAGUACUCGAUUUGUUCUUAUUUCAUUAUUACAAUGCAGAAUCUACUAAUCAAAUGUUGUACUACAAAAGGUAAGAUCAACUAC